ACUGCCCCUCCUUCUCCACACCAACUUCAUAGCUAGCUUUCAAGGUUCCUUUUUUUUCUGGCCGAAACACCUUACCAGCAAAAAUGGCUUUGGUUUCAACUCAGAAACUGCCCAAGUAUUCUACUUCUACCCGUGGAAAGCUUACCUUACCACAACAUGUGGUUGGGAAAAUACUUAUGCUUUUUCCUCCAGCACUGCGAAAUGCAGGAAAGGCAGAAUUGAUUAUGUUUUUGGAGGGUCCUAAUGAGGGUAGUCGCCCUUUUGUGGUAACGGCAUCUAUUCAAAAACUUAGGAAAAACGGGGGAAAUGGUGUGAGAGUGGUUCUCUUGGAGAGUGGGUGGAUGCCUAUUGUUAGGGAACUUCAACUGGAAAAAGGAGACACGGUGAAUAUUUUUCUCUUAAAUAACAUGGCGUGGACUUACUUAAUUGCAGUGGAAAGGGCUCCAGAUGCCGACCGAAUUGAUGAAGUUGAUGCCAUGGAUGAGGAUGUAGUGCCGGAAGAGGCUCCAAGAAGGAUGAUAUUUGACCUGAACGAGCCUGCCCCACUAGACAUGGAUCUGAACCAACCGAAUCAACAGGGAAGGAUGAUGUUCGACCUCAAUGAACUGGCACACCCCGACAUGGAGAUCAAUCGCAACGAUGAAGACUGAAGGAUGGGGCCAGGAGAGUGAAUUGGUAUGUUAUAUAUAUUCUGAAUUACUGAUAUGUUAAUGGUUAACUGUUAUUUUUAUAAUUUUUGUAUAGAGAAUAUCCCUCUUCUUCCCCUAAUUCAUUUUAUUUGAGAUCGAGUCCCAUGCACGAAUGUGACUUGUUCAAUUUCUUUGCUUGUCAUCCUUUUUCAGAAGGCUUUUUUUUUUUUUUUUUACCAGGUUCUUUGUUGGGCAGGUUUGGAGAUUUACUGAUAAGACCGUUCUACAGAAGUGGUACAAGUGUUGUUUCCUUUGGGCAGAAGUGUUGUUUCCUUUUUAGCAUGUAUUAGGAUUUUAUUGUUGUUGUUGUUGUUGUUUUUUUUAUUUUUAUUUUGGCUUACCGUAGGGUGGGAGACUUGAACCUCCUCUAGUGCAGGGAUCAGGACCCCAAUCUGAACCACAGCAUAGCGCCCGCGGGGGAAACGAAUGGGUUGUGUUGCUUAAGAUGUAAUGUAUUACACUUGAUUUGAUAGUCAGAUCGGGUUGUACGGCAGUUCAAUGAAUGCACAAUUUGUCAGUACAGCUUCCUUGGGAUUGGUUGGCCUUUUUUUUUAUGUUUGGGAUUGGUUGUCUUUUUUUUUUUUUUAAUGUUUGUUUGUGAUAUUAUAUAUAUGGAAUGAAGUAUUUAUUUAAAA